UUGAAAAACAUAAAAAUGCAACGCGAACAGCUCGCUUAUGCACAGCAAUCAUUCAUGCAGGCCACUGAGGCACUGCGACACGAGCAACGCCAGUUUGAGCACUUCCAAGCAGACUACCGCGCACUCCGACAGACGCUCACGUCGCUCACAGACAAGACUUCGCACCCAGCCAUGAUCCCACUCGGGUCGCUCGCAUUCAUGCCGGGUCGAUUGGUGCAUACAAACGAGAUCAUGGUCUUGCUGGGCGAUAACUGGUUUGUCGAGCGGUCGGCCAAGCAGGCAGCCGAGAUUGUCCUGCGCCGCGAGCAGUUUGUCGACCAGCGACUGGCUGCGCUCGAACGCCAGCUCAAGAGCAUGCAGACACGCACUGAAUUGACGCACGACUACCUGGCUGAGAUGGACGACGCAGAGUCCGGCGAGAUCAUGCACAUUGUCGAGCCAGUGCCAGACACUGACGCAGACGACCAAGAUGACGAGGCUGCUCGCAACGCUGCCCGCGCCCGCCAAGGCUCUGGCUAUCUUGUGUCGAACGAUGAAAUCAACUCGAUGGUCAACACGAAGGAUGUGCCUGCGCCGUCUGCUUCGUCUGCAUCCGCUUCCAAGGGCAAGCAGCCGCUGCAAUCUGCCAUGAAGAAGAAGGAAUCGUCGGCGCCUGUCGUUGCUUCGCCAGCGGCAUCAGCGUCGGCUUCAUCAUCAUCAUCAUCAUCAUCGUCUUCCACGACAGGACCUGCGUCAGCCACAGCAUCCACGUCUGCCUCUGCAGCUGGAUCGUCAGCCGCUUCUGCCUCCCCCGCAAAGUCUGUUCAUUUCAAUCCUGACAUCGAGUCGGUCGAGAUUACACCCGAAAACAUUCGCUUGACCCCCGCCAGCUCUGCAUCUGCACGACGACCGUUGAUCAUGGAGAUUGAGAAUGGCGUUGCAGUGCCGCCCUCGCAGCCCGAGAGCUUUGACGAAGCCGCCGAUUCCGAACCAGUGCUUUUCCCGCUCAAAACGGUCACGCCACGAGCAGAUCUGAAUACCCCUGCAACCAUCACUGAACGCAGUAUUCCGCAGCCACAAAGCCUAUCCUCGGGAGCUGUUUCUACUCGGCUGGUGGAGCGACCCACUGCCGCAGCUCCGCUUGUCGGGGGAAUUGUCGAGCGAUCGCCUCGAGCGCCUGCUCCACAAACGGCAACGGGCGAAAAGAAAAUGUCCAAAUUCAAAGCCGAGCAGCUCGCGCGCCAAUGACAUACACGGCCGGCAUUGUUCCAGUUUUUGGCUUUAAUAAAUCACUGAAUGUUGAGCACC